AUGUUCCCCGUACGGGUGGCGGUGGAAACAGUUCGGGCGCAGCAUUGUCUUUCAUGCGCUCACGAUGGUCAUAUACUGGUUGACACUUACGCUAUAGUAUCUGGCACUACAGUACUGAGUCAAUUAGUGGAAACUGUAUUGUCAGCGCUGGGACAUCCACAGCUAGCUCUCAAUGCUCGAGGUAAUUAAUU